GGGAUCGAACACACUCAUCUAUGGAUACAGGUAGGUACACCGUACAUGUCGUAUGCGGCAGGAUAGGGAUGGCAUCUGCUGCACAGCCGCCACGGCAAGGGAUGAGAUGAAUGAAUGAAUGGAUGAAUGAAUGAACGAACGAGCGAGUGAGCGAAACACGAACCAACGGGCGUUGGGUACGUUUCCGAGCUCAGCACCCCUCCUCCCCCCCGCCGUCAACUCUGCAGCCGACUGCAGUAGCACCUCGUCUGGCCAAGAAACUAUUCGUCAACAACCAGAGAGACGGGGGCCUGCCGCCGAGACAUACGGACCCUUUGUCCCUCUCCGCCAUCAUGGCUUAAACCAUAUAACAUGACAAUAUUGCUUGCCUUCCAUCAUCCGAGCUUCGCACAGCGUUCUUCGUAUCGCAAAGAGCUCCCUCCUCAUGCGAGUCCGAAGUUUGAUGAACGGGAUGACCAGAGUGCGGGAUGCUGAAACCUUGCUUUUCGGGGGGCUGCUUGCUUGCUUGCUUGCUUUCUUAGCUUACUUGCUCGCUCACCCGCCCGCUGCAGAUGCGGCCAAGUUUUUUCCAUUUCAAACCAUCUCUUCGCCCCAACCCUGUCCCAUUCCCGUCCGUUCCUAUCAUCGCCCGUCACCUCGGCGCUGGCCGGGCCAAGGGCCGUCAUCUCUCUCGCCCCGUCCCAUCCGCAGAAUCAAGGACUGCCCUGAUGGGUUGGCUCGUGCAGGUUGUGCUAAUGAAGCACGCGCUGGCGCAGAACGCGACAUCUGACGGAAUGCCGUCAUUCACCCAUCGAAAAAAGUAA